AUGUCAUCCUUUUACUUUGCUUCGUGCGGUUUUUUUCUUCUUCUUAUGAUGCUUAUUUUGGCGAUGGACUGCAGCCAUGCUUCUUCCGCGCGGCAUGUCUUGGACUCUCGUGAGGAGGUGCGAUUGCCAGCUCCCAAAGGCAACCUCACAAUUUCUGUGAAAGAAAGUUUUUUAAACAAGGCCAUGCUUUUGUUGCUUCCGUGGCUAAAUGUGUUUUUGCGAGGGCUUAAGCUUCCUCCGCAUGAACAGGGCAACCUUUACAUUGACGAAGUUAACUUCACCGAAAUUGGAGUUGGUUCUGUCUUCGUCGCCAUGGAAAGCCCCAAUCGAUUGAAUGUCUCGCUGUAUGAUCUAAAAGUUGCCAUUCCCGAGACCCUUUUCAGUGUCUGGGUGGGUUUGUUUUGGUGCAACGGCAUACUACGUUUUUCCGUCAAGAUAUUGAGUAUCAAAGUUUCCUUGAUGGUGCUUCUUCAGCCGAAUGGCAAGGUUGGAUUGAAGAAUUUAGGGGUCGAUAUUUUGUGGUUGAAACUCUUCGUUGAGCACUCCUUCACUGGGGGAUUUUGUAGUGAAAUGGAAAAGGUCAUUGAGGCGCUUUUUGGUGAUCUUGACAAGAUCAUUGAGAUGAUGGCAAUGAAGAAGGUACCCGAGAUGAUUGGUUCGAUGUUGGAAGAGAAAUCGGAUGCCUUCUUCAACUCGUUGCCAUUUCACGUUGUGGACGGUCCGAACGUCUCUGAAAAGCGGUUGGAAAUUGCCAUGAAUUCCGACUCCCGUUCUGAAAAAUCGGAGGAGGUGUCAUCGCUACUUUUGCCGGUCAUUUCGUCGCCUUGGAUGCCUUCUAAUUUGGAUUCACCUCCUUGGAGGCGUAACCUGGAAAUAUUUUUCACUGAAACCGCUUUCAACGAGAUUUUGCUGUACCUCAACCGUAGCUUCCACUUGAAUCAGACCGUGGCGUUUCCAUCCAAGUAUAAUUCCUCCCUUAUUAAGGAGAUGUUUCCCGAGUUGUAUAAAUUGUGUCCAAAUUGCUCCUUUGCUGCUUUAUUUUCUCCAACAGUACCGCCACGUGCUAUUUUUCGGCCAUACCGAACGGUUAUUUUUGACAUCCUGAACGGGUUUGUAGGGUUAAGAAUGGUUUCUGCAGCGGGCCAACAGGUUCCAGUUUUGGAGACGCUUGUGAACUAUACGGGUGGUUUUUCAGACCUCAGAGUCACUCUGUUACAUUCCAUUUACUUCCGCCUAACCGAGGCGAAUGUGACGCUUAAGGUGUUGAAGACGAGUGUUGGUCCGAUCGAUGAGAAAGCGUUGAAUGAAAAAGUCCGUUUUCUUUUGAAGUGGGUCUUUCUACCUAUGUUUAACGUCAAUUUUAAGGGGAUCCCUUUACCCCCACAAAUCGCAUUUCCUUUUCUCGAUGUAUCCCCCCAAGGGAUCGUGGCUGCGUUUGAUCUUAGUAUAUUAUAA